AGUUACUUUGAGGGUUUUCAGUCCAUUUGUUGAAAGUUGAACUUGCAUGCGACACACACAUGCCUGCGUGGCCACACAUUUGGUUGUGAUAUUGAAAACUGCAUUUCUUCCUUUACCUCUGCAGCUAUAAAAUGGUGGACAAAUGAUGAUGAAUUGAUGGAGAACUCUAUUUUGUAGUAUGGUUUUUUGACAAACUAAGCCCAACUCAAAAGUACUAUUAGCCAAUUAUAUAUAUAUAUAUAUAUAUUUGUGAGAGGCCAUUUUGUGGUAGGAAGUUUGGGCUGCCAUGCAUGAGAAUGUGGGUCCGAGUAUGAGGACAUCCACUUUAUGCAAAUCAUGCCAAAUGUUUGGUGUGAACUCUGUUUACCCUCUCGGCACCCUCGAUUAUUUGCGUCCAGCACUAGCAAUUGCCUUUGUUUUGGGGUAAACAAAGUUCACUUAGUGUUGAUGUUUUCAACACGGCAGAUUCUUGACAAUUUAAGAGAUUGCUUUUGAUUGUUGAUUGAAUGUUCUUGUUGUAGUAUCAGUAUUGAAGUGAAUACCAUUUUUUUUUUUUAAAAAAAAAAAAAAAACCAGAAAAUAAGGAGAUGGUUUUAUUUUAUCUGACCUUGGUUAUUUGUACAGUUUGAUGCUUUGAAAGGGACGUUACGGCACUUCAGCAUGAUCCCGCCAGGUGGUGGGGGCAUUCUGGCACAUUCUUUGGCUCAUGUUGCAUCCUUGUUGAAGGUUAAGGAGGCUGACCAUUCUGGUGAUGGGAUCGAAUCUCUUAUUAACGGAGUUGAGAGCUUCCUAGCAGAGGGAAAACUCUCCGAAGCAGCCGAUACUCUUGAGAAUGGUGUCAAGGGCACCAAAGCUGCGGAAGUUAUCAGUGAUUGGCUGAGGCGAGCGAGGGAUAGGGCCAUUGCCGAGCAAGCUUUAACCAUGCUCCAGUCCUACGCUACUUCCAUCAGUGGUAGUUAAAUUUCAUGUUUGAUUAUCCAAGUUGUACCCCACUGAUGAUAUGAAAAUCAAUGCAACAGUUUAGCAUACAGAAGGGUCAUGGUUUUCCCAAUUGUAUCCAUGAGAACACCGCCAUUCACAAUCUCUGCCUUUUGAACAACUUGAAACCUUAAAAUUUUGUAAGCGAUUGCAGCAGUAUUUUGUUUUGCAAUCUGCGAGGACUGUCCAAAUGAUGCUUAAAUAAAA